UGCUGCUGAGGUGGCGCCCGCACGAGCGAUGCCAGCGGCGGGCGAGACUCGCGGCAAGUCGGCGGCGGGGGGUGUUGCGGUGGUCGUCGUCGCCGCGCCGUCGCCUCUCCCGGGCGACGAGGCGCCUGCGGAGGAGGCGGCGUCUGCAGGAGAGGAGGAGGCGCCCCCGCGCCAAGGCUCUCCGAUGGAGUCGGCGGCAGGGUCCCCCGUGGAGGGGUCCCCCGCCCUCAGCGACCCGGAGUGCGAGACGGCCCUCACGCUGGACGACUUCGAGCUCCUCCGCCUCAUCGGCAAGGGCGGGUACGGGAAGGUCUUCCAGGUCCGCUGCGCCCUCAACGGCGAGGUGUACGCGAUGAAGGUCGUGGACAAGGCGUCCGUCGAGAGGUACCGCUCGAUGGACAACAUCGCGACCGAGCUCUCCGUGCUCCGGCGGUACGCGGAGCACCGCCACCCCUUCAUCCUCGGCCUCGAGUGCGCCUUCCAGUCCGCGCUAAAGCUCCACUUUGUGAUGGAGUACGUGCCCGGCGGCAUGCUCUUCAACCACCUGCGGCAGCAGGAGAUGUUUUCCGAAAAGAUGGCGCGCUUCUACGCCGCCGAGGUCCUGCUCGGCCUCGAGCACCUCCACACGAUGCGAAUCAUCUACCGCGACCUCAAGCCGGAGAACGUGCUCGUCUGCGCCGACGGCAACGUCAAGCUCUGCGACUUCGGCCUGGCCGCCAUCGGGCUGACGGCGCCCGCGACGCAGCCGUCUGCGUCUGGCCGUCCUGUCCUCAUCGGCACGACCGAGUACAUGGCGCCGGAGAUCAUCCGGAUGCUCGAGUGCGGCCAGGCGGUCGACCUGUGGGCGCUGGGCGUGUUGCUGUACGAGAUGGUGACGGGCGAGGCGCCAUGGUACCACAAGGAGGCGAAGGAGCUGCAGCGCAAGAUCGUGCACACGAAACCGAAGCUGCCGUCGUGGCUCGCAAGCGAGACGCGGUCGCUGCUCAAGGGCUUGCUCACAAAGGAGCCUCGAACACGGCUCGGGGUCCACCCGGAGUCGGAGGUGUGCGAGUCAGACGCCAUCGCCAUCAAGGCGCACGCCUUCUUCCGCGGCCUCAACUGGCGGAUGCUGGAGCUGCGCCGCCUCGAGCCGCCGCUGCUGCCCGCGCUCGCCGACGGCGCCCUCGACGUCUCCAACUUCGACUCAAAGUACACCCUCGAGCGGCCCGAGAUGUCGCCGCCGCGCAAGCCGCUCUCGAGCGCGAUGGAGGAGCGCUUCUCCAACCUCGAUCUCGAGUACAUGAGCCCCGAGACGCGAGACUCGGUCCGCGCCUCCGUCCGCUCCUCCAACGCCUCCUCCGUCGGCAGCGCCCGCUCCUCCCGCCGCUCGCCCACUGCGUCGGGCGCCGACUCGUCGCUCUUGCGUUUCGCCCCGCGGCCGCCAAAGAGGUAGCGGGGACUGCGCGGCACAGCGCCUUGCCGGUCCUGCGCUGCGCUGACUCCCUGGUGCGGAGCCAGGUCGUCGUCAAGGUUAUUUUGUUGAGUUGUCUUGCCGUUCAUUCCACAGCCCACUCUUUCCGUUGCACCACCUGAUGCUACAGAGGGCUGGCAGCGCGCUGACAGGGAGGGAGCCCAUCGCACCACCAGGUGGAAGAGAAGAGAAGUGGUGGAGCUGCGUUCCGCAGUCCACUCUCAGCUUGUUUUGAAGAAGAACUGCGC